CCCCCCCACCCCGCAGCCAAACCCCACCACGCUCACGCGCAUACACACACUCACACACUUACACUCACACCCACUCACACUCACACCUCCCAGGCCAACAACAGCAUAAUGGCCCUCCCUGCGUCCCUCAGGAACCUUAUAACCGCAAUGGAUCAGAUCCCCGGAGAAAAAGUUUACAUUGGCGGGUAUAUAUCAUCCACCCUUUGCACACACAAGCCCCCCGGACCCCCCCAUGAUGUGUUAUGCAUCGGGGUGGGGUGUACAUGGACGCGUGAAAAGGGUGGCGGUGGUUAAUUCAUGUGUGGGGAGUGCCAUAGGAUGUUCGCUCUCCGCGAGAAGACCGACAUGAAAGCAAAGGCCAUCACCCAUGUGCUCAGUGUACUGCGGCUGCCUAUGGACAAGUCGCUCUUCCAGGACUUUGAACAUCUGGUGGUCGAGGUGGAUGACGUGGAGGAUGAAAAUCUGAUCCAGCACUUUGCGUCGACGAAUGCGUUCGUGGAAAAGGCCAUGGCGAGUGAUGGCGCCGUGUUUAUUCACUGUGCGAUGGGGAAGUCACGAUCGGCGACCGUGCUGGCAGCCUACCUGAUGAAGUCGCGUCAACUUGACCCGAAGGAGGCCGUCCAGCGCAUCAAGCAGAUCCGGCCGUUCGUUGAGCCGAACCCCGGCUUCAUGGAGCAAUUGGAGCUCUACCACCAGGUGAAAUACACGACCGACCUGGACGACCAUCCCUCGUACAAGCAGUGGCUCUACAAGCGGGAAUUGGCCGAGAGCAAGGCGGCAAAGAUGGCGCCGUCAAACGUCUACUUCCGCGAUGCCGAGAAGAAUGUCGCGGUGCUGGCGCAGGUCAAGGAAGGAGAGACACCGGAGCAGGUUGGUCUGACGGAGCUACGGUGCAAGACGUGCAGACGUACGCUCGCAAACUCACGGUUCCUGACACCGCACAUCCCGAAGCCAGCGCAGCCGCCCGCACCACAGACAGCGGUCCCGACGCCAUGCUCGCACCAUUUCCUCGAGCCCUUGAGCUGGAUGAGGCCGGAACUCGAACAGCAGAAGCUCGAGGGGAAGCUGGACUGCCCCAAAUGUAAGGCCAAGGUUGGAUCGUAUGCCUGGCAGGGCAUGAAGUGUUCGUGCGGGGAGUGGGUGGUACCAGGAAUUAGCAUUGCGCGCGGGAAAGUGGACGAGAUCAGGGUUAAACUUUGACACGAGGCUUCACCUCUGAUGAUACCUACUAGCCCUGAAUGAUCGGCCCUGAAGAUGAAGGUUCAGGUUCUUGCUCGCGAAAGUUUGUAGACGAGCAUACGCUUAAACGAUUGUUAAACCGCGCAUGCGCAUACACAUACUCUACUACCUAUCCGCAUACUCUACUACUCUAUACGCACACGCAUACGCAAUGCAUAAGUAUGAUUUUCACGGCACCGAAUCGAGCUGGCGUGCAACCGGUACAUACUACUACAUACAGCCCCUCCAAACCGCACAAACAGCAGUCGUCAGAGCUGAGGAAACGUGCCCAACGUGAACGUCAGCUCGAAAUAAAGUGCACUUCCCCCCUCGUUCCCGAUCCGAAGUCCCGAACAGC